AUGGCUCCCGACCAGGAAGAUGCUGCUUUCGGCAUUCAGCCCCAAAUAUCCUCUGAGCCGUCCGUUCGAGAACAAAAAACUCAAGUCAUCAUUAUCGGAGGCGGGCUGAGUGGUUUACAGGCUGCUCAUGAUCUUCAAGCAGCUGGCAUCUCCUGUCUCAUUCUCGAAGCGCGCGAUAGGGUUGGUGGUAAGCUGUGGUCUGUACCUCUGGGCCCUGAGAAAGGAUAUGUCGAACUUGGAGGUGCCUGGACCAAUGAUGUGAAUCAGCCCAUGGUAACUGCAUUGGUGAAAAAGUUUGGGCUGGAGAUGGUCACCCAGAACAUAAUUGGCGACUGCAUCCUGGAGGAUCUUGGAGGGUUUCGCUAUGGAAGUGAUCCACCGCUCUCUGAAGAGGACAGGGCAAUAUUUGCUGAGAUAAGAAGUCGCGUCGAGGCUCUAUGUCAUACCGUCAAGCCUACAGAACUUGGCCAAUCUCUAACCAAGCAUGGAUACAUGAACAUGGAUGGCUUUGCAGUUUCCAUGGGUGCCAGCGAUAUUGUACGUCGUCUAGUCAAUAUUUGGACUGCCGCAAUGUUGGGCGUCGAGUCGGACCAAGUCAGCGUCGUCUUCUUUAUGCACUACUGUCAAGCGGGAGGCGGCCUCAUCCAAAUGCGAUCAGACGAUAGAGGCGGUGGUCAGAGUAUGCGCUUUCGACACGGAACGCAGUCGCUGUGUUAUGGGCUGCGGAAUGGGCUCAGGCCGGAGACAGUCAUAUGCUCAACCCCUGUGCAAACAAUCGAGCAGGAUAUUGGCAGCGGAUGCCUGGUCAUUGCUCGGGACGGAAGACGUUUUCGCGCCGGGCACAUCAUUUCCACGGUUCCAAGCGUCUUCUUGAGUCAAAUAAAUAUCUCACCGCCGCUAUCAGCAGAUAAAUAUUGGCUUAGCACUCAUAGCAAGCUUGGGUUUUACGCAAAGGUGUUCCUCGUCUACUCAGAGCCCUGGUGGCGUAAACUCGAUCUCUGCGGCCUGGCACAAGGUCUCAGUGGACCAGUGGCUCUGACACGGGAUGCCUCGAGCGAUGAAGAUGGCCUAUUUGCAUUGAUAUGCUUUGUUGUGGGUCAAAGAGGUGCAGAGUGGGCACAGAAGGAUGCCUCGGAUCGCUUGAAUCAAGUGAUAACCCAUGUCGAUCGCAUCUAUGGAGCAGAUAUUCCACGGCCUCUGGAGACGCGAGAGCAAAUUUGGAACAAUGAGGAGUUUUCACAGGGAGCGCCUUGUCCUGUGGUGCCUGCUUCCUGCUUGGGGAGUCUCAGUCAAGAUCAAUGGCGGCCGGAGGGCUACAUUCAUUUCGCCGGGACAGAGACGAGCACCGUCUGGAAGGGAUAUAUGGAGGGAGCUCUAGUUUCUGGUCGUAGAGCUGCGGGAGAGGUUAUUGAUAGGCUGUCUACGAAUUAA